ACCAAAACCGAGUUCACCGUAUUGACAGCAAAUACGAAUGCUUCGAUUUCUACUUGACAUGGAUUCUGCUGCAUCACAAAGAGCAUAACACCACGCCCCCAUUCCCCAGGACUCUUCGACAUGGUAUCUAGCGUUAUGGUUAUCGGCUUUAGGAUCCACUUACACGAGGGGAGGGACCUCGGAUUCCGGAUGGGUGAGGCUCCCAGGAAAGCUGACAAGCGGGCGAUCAUACUCCGCUCUUUCAUGCACCCCGUUGCAUUCCAGAGAUGUCGACUCUCUCUCGGAAGCAAGGAGAGAUGGGGGAGGGGGAGUAGCCUUCGGCCCCUGAGGGAUGGCUCGGACCGCGCCAGGCAAGGUAGCGUCAUAUUAGGCGCAUCUCGUGCGACUUUCCCCAAGCCUUGCGUGAAAAGUCAACGAGAGGGUCGCCGCAGACCAGAAAAGGCAGUAUUCGCGCGCCCAAUCAUUCAUUUCCAGCGGCUCGAGCUCGACCCGAAGGGCGUUUUGCAUGAGAGCUGAAAGAUGACUCCGCUUCAAGUAAGAUGUUGUAGUAGUAGCAGAGUCCGCUUCGAGUAAGAUUUCGUAGUAGCAGCAGAGUCACAUGAGCCUCGACAAAGCAGUGAUCGAUUCGAGAUCAAAAGCAGGCUAAAUUACCUAUCCUUUGUAAUCAUUUCGCAUCUCCUCGCCGCCGCGGAACUCUUUCCGCCAGCAAGAAAUGCAAGCAAGGGACCUAAACUUGGCAACAAGAGAACGCCUAUUUGCUAUAGUCCCCCAAAUGAGGCUGAGAACAGGACAAGGAUUCAAAACUUGGUAUUUGUCUUGCUCUCUUGCUUCGCUAUUGGCUCCCGUCUUAGUUUAAAGCAAUUUAUUGAUUACUCCCCUAAACCCCGUAGCCAACCCUGUUCUCUC